AAAAACUCGUGCUAGGUGAGACCAAGUUGUACAAUGAUUUCUGAAGUCUUACAAAAGGAUGUGAUGUUUUGUUUGCUAAAUAUAGACAUUACAAUCAUCGUCUCCUAUAUCUGAAGUAUCAGAUUCUGUCCUCGUUCAUAUGGAGUGUAGAUAGUCCGUGUCGGCUUCCUGUCUUCAUUGAUACUAAACUCCACUUGUGUACUUUAUAGAUAUGUCGACUCGACUGAUUUGAUAUAAUGUGAAGUCUGGAGUCAAAGUGAUCAUAUAUUCUAGCCUUUCAAUCUGCUUAUAUCACUAUACGGUGGUGCAUUUCAGCUAACAAUGUUACCAAAGAUUGUGGACAUUAUUUUCUUGUUAUUCAUUUUAAAUGAUUUUACCUGCGGAUUCAUGCGAGUGUGUUACUUUCCCAGCUGGGCGUUUGAAAGAUCAAGUGCCUUGGCCAGAUUUGACGUUGCUAACGUAGACCCUUAUAUCUGCACACAUAUCAUCUACGCCUUUGGAAGAAUAGAUGGAAGCAAUACAAAUUUACAGACACCAAGUGAUGAAAGUCGAUACAGCUUGUUCACUGAUUUAAAAAAACAAAAUUCUCAAUUGAGGACACUGUUGUCCAUUGGGGGAGAGAAUGACCACGGAGAAGGCUUUGUGACAGUUUCCCAGAACGAUUCCCAAACAGGCGUGUUUGCUAGCCGCGCUGUUGCCUUUCUUAGAAAGUAUCAUUUCGACGGGCUGGACAUUGAUUGGGAAUACCCGAACGUCAAUACAAGCGCCAACUUUGUGAGAAUUUUAAAAAGUUUGCGGCAAGCGUUUGAUCAGGAUACAACAACACCGCGACUUUUGCUCACCAUUGCAGCACCGGCUGGGAGCAUCAACAUGCUUGGAUUCAAUAUCACAGAAAUAAACAAAUACGUGGAUUACGUCAGCCUAAUGACUUAUGACUUUGUGGACGCCAGGUACAAUGAAGUCACAAACUUUAACAGUCCAUUGUAUUCCAGAAAUAGUUCAGCUUUCAAUCAAGAAUUUAGCACGAACUGGACAGUUCGUGAGUAUGAAAAACUCGGACUUCAUCUAAACAAGACACUGAUCGGUGUUUCUGGGACUGCCAAGUGGUUAUACCUUAAUAACUCUGAGAACUCAAUUCCUGGGUCUCCGAUUGUUAAAGGCUUCCUAAAGAACUCAACCGCUUAUGGAAUUACUGGAGGGCUGGCCUACCCUGAGGUCUGCCAGUACAUAAGAGACAACAAUGGCACCGAGAUUGUGUUUGACGAACAGCAGAGAGCUCGUUACCUGGUGAAUGGGAGAGACUGGAUUACAUACGAUGACCCGGAAGUCAUCAAAAAUAAAACCGAUUGGGCUGUCCGAAUUGGAGUAGCCGGAAUGAUGUUGUGGUCCCUUGAUCAAGAUGAUUUCAGCGGAAUGAUGUGCCUGCAAGGGACGUUUCCUCUGUUGAGCCAAAUCAUAUCAAUCACCGAGGGGAACAGAACCACACCACCCACAACGACGACAACCACGACAACCAAAGCAACAACCACGACAACCAAAGAAUCAACGUUCACGUCCAACACAGGAUGUCAGCCAGUGACCUUGAACCUGAACUUUGUCAUUGUGCCACUUUCUUUGUCAUUUUUAGUCGGAACUGUACUCUAAUGCUUAUAAUGGUGUGUUUGUUGAACUGUAAGAUGGGUAGAUACACAUUGUAACCUGUUGUUGCUUUGUUGUAUAUUAAUGUUUUUGAAAUUAAGUAUUAAACUUGCAAUAAAAUGUCCAACUAAAAAAAGUUGAAAUCCUUAGAUCUUUAUAAAAAUGUGAUGUAAAAAUAUACAUAGACAUUUUUUUAAAGACCCAAUUACAGAAAUAUUUCAAUAAUUAAACCUUUCAAAGAGGAAUAACUUCUUUCAUAUCCAGAUAUACAUUUAAAACCAAACUAAUUUCCUUAAUUAGUAAAUAACUUUUGUAAACUUUAUAGUUUGUGAACAGUGCAGAACUGCUAAAAUGUGUGUGUAGCGAAUAUAAAGCUUUCUUUUGUUGUAACUUCAUGUUGGUGAUAAUUAUUUUCUCAUUUUCUUUUAGAAUUAGAUACUUCUAAGAACAUGUUAUGUAAUGCAAUUAAAUGUGUUCCAUUUACAAAA